GGUAGAGAAUGGUAAGAGUUCUCUUUCGGAAACGAGAUGCUCGAGAUGCAGCCAGGUGUGCUGAAUCGAGCAGAUGUAGAUUUAGGGCACUGGAGAGACUUGCUGAAAGAGCCCAGUGGUAUCCAGGGAGGUUGGCAAGAGCAGUUCUUAUAUCCGAUGGUCCCGAAUUCCGUGCCUGGGGCCUGUAGCGGCGCUUGUACCUCCUCGAUUUCAUCAUCGGUGAUGUUCGAUGGAUUACUGACGCCUACUCAACAAUCAGUAUGGAGCUCAUCGAGUAACGAGACUUCUCAUUCUUCGAUAAAUUCAGCGUACCCCGGUGAACUCUGGAGUACUUUGUGCUUCCAGAGUUCUUGUGGCUUAGUUUUGAUCGCAGGAGGCCAAGUGAUGUUGUUAUGCGGUUCAAUGUCGUCGAUAAGGCAAUUGAAAAUAUCGUUCGCCAUGAUUCCAGCUGCCCAUGUCGAGGGUGGGAAAGAAAGCGCCCAGGAAAGGAUGCCAUUCGAGCUGAGGUGCCGUAAUCUCUCGCAUCUUAUUUGCGUCCCUUUUUUUCUGGAUCUCGUCUCAUCAGAAUCCAAGUCUGAAAAUUCUGGACCGUGGAAAAUCAAGAGCUGGUUUCUUUUGAAAGCUGGCGAGCAAUCCUGAAGAGGCAAACAUCGGUGUCAGGGUCCCGUUUGAAGCCAUGAACCAACUUUCUUCGUCUUCGGAUGCCGCUAAAGCAAAGAGAAAUCAGAAGGGGCUGGAGUCCCUCGAUAAGGCGGCUCGGAAGGCUGGAGAAGCGGCAAGGGAAGAAGGAACUACUCAGGACCAACAUCAUUCGCAAGUGCAAACAGGAGAAUGAAAGUACCUCAACGGGGAUGUUCCAGUUUGUCCUCAAAUGCCUGGCGGAGCUGCCUAUCAUAGUCCUCCUUAUCUCCUAGUUUCUUAUUAAUGAAUGUACUCGUCUCG